CACUGUUUACAAUUAAAGGAAACUAAAAUAGCGAGAAAUGGCAGACGAAGAUGUUGCAGCUUUAGUUAUUGACAAUGGAUCCGGAAUGUGUAAAGCCGGAUUCGCCGGAGACGAUGCCCCCAGGGCUGUGUUCCCCUCCAUUGUCGGACGCCCCAGACAUAUGGGUGUGAUGGUUGGUAUGGGACAGAAGGACAGCUAUGUAGGAGACGAGGCCCAGAGCAAGCGAGGUAUCCUCACGCUCAAAUAUCCCAUCGAACACGGCAUCGUCACAAACUGGGACGACAUGGAGAAGAUCUGGCAUCACACCUUCUACAAUGAACUCCGUGUGGCCCCAGAGGAACACCCCGUCCUUCUGACCGAGGCUCCACUUAACCCAAAAGCUAACAGAGAAAAGAUGACACAGAUCAUGUUCGAAACCUUCAACUCUCCCGCCAUGUACGUCGCUAUCCAGGCUGUACUUUCCCUGUACGCUUCCGGUCGUACAACAGGUAUUGUUCUCGAUUGUGGAGACGGUGUAUCUCACACUGUACCCAUCUACGAGGGAUACGCCCUUCCCCACGCCAUCAUGAGAUUGGAUCUCGCUGGACGUGAUCUGACAGACUACUUCAUGAAAAUCUUCACAGAACGUGGAUAUUCCUUCACCACCACAGCUGAAAGAGAAAUCGUCAGAGACAUUAAAGAGAAAUUGUGCUAUGUUGCUCUAGACUUUGAACAAGAAAUGGCAACUGCUGCCCAAUCAUCAUCUUUAGAGAAGAGCUACGAACUUCCUGACGGUCAGGUCAUCACCAUUGGCAACGAACGAUUCAGGUGCCCAGAGGCCAUGUUCCAGCCGUCCUUCCUUGGAAUGGAAUCCUCUGGAAUCCAUGAAACUACAUUCAACAGCAUCAUGAAAUGUGAUGUUGAUAUCCGUAAAGACUUGUAUGCUAAUACAGUAUUAUCUGGUGGUUCAACUAUGUUUCCCGGCAUUGCUGACCGUAUGCAGAAAGAAAUCACAGCUUUAGCUCCCAGCACAAUGAAGAUCAAGAUCAUUGCUCCUCCAGAGAGGAAAUACUCCGUCUGGAUCGGUGGUUCUAUCCUUGCUUCUCUAUCCACCUUCCAACAGAUGUGGAUCAGCAAACAGGAAUACGACGAAUCUGGUCCAUCCAUCGUCCACAGGAAGUGCUUUUAA